AGUCUUUUCCUUCAAGGCAUUCACGGAACACCACUUGCAACCCGUCAACUUGACCUAUCAACUCUCUCUCUCUCAUAGUUGCAUUUGCAAGGCAUUCACGGAACACAACGUUCACACAUGGACCUCCAAUUCCUCUCUAUCCUCCUCUCUCCCGUCUUCCUCUCUCUAAUCAACUCAUCCACUUGCACCAGAACCAUCAAACAUAACACUCCCGGAACCUCCUACAAUCCUAACACAGAUUUUGAUACUUACCCUUCUGAUGAAACAACUAACCAAGACCCAGCGCCAAUAACACAUCCCUCCAUGGCCGAGUUGCUCUCUAAUAUUCCUCUAUGGGUCGCCGUUGCCAUCUCCUUCUCCGUCGGCUUUGCCAUAGGCACCUUCAUCUUCAUCUCCUGGAGACUCGCCAUCAGCCGCUGCUGUCGAAUCGAAGCCAACGAAGAAGAAUUUGCUAACACCCCUCCAGUCUUUCUUACCCGAAAAAACACCCCCACUGUCUUCAGCCCCAUGCUCAGGUCCAACCUCUCCUUCAUCGACAAGCUCCGACAAAAUGACUUCCCCUCCGCCCUCCAGGUCAUAGGCCGUGGCGGCUGUGGCGAGGUCUACAAGGCUGAGCUCCUUGUCUCCGGCCAGAAAAUCCCCAUCGCUGUCAAAAAGGUCCUCCAACCGUCCCUCGAUGCGGCCAACCUAAGCGAACCGUCCCUUGACGCUGCCGACCUCCGCGAAGAAGAAAGCAAGCUCCUCCACUUCCGAUUGCGGCAAAUCCGGUCGGAAAUCCUCACCGUCGGCCAGAUGCGCCACCCAAAUCUCCUCCGCCUAUUGGCACACGUGCCACAACCUGACUGCCACUACCUUGUCUAUGAAUUCAUGCACCAUGGCUCUCUGCAUGACGUGUUAAAGCGGGGAGCUCCCGAGUUGGACUGGCCGACUCGUUAUCGAAUCGCUCUCGGAAUCGCCGGCGGCCUCGAGUAUCUCCACUUGGUGCACCUGCCAAGAAUUAUACACAGAGAUUUGAAGCCGGCAAAUAUCUUGCUUGACGAUGGACUAAACGCCCGGAUCGCUGAUUUUGGGCUGGCAAAGGUGGUGCCGGAUUUUACCAGCGGACCGGUGAGUUCGAAUUGCAUCGCCGGAACAGUGGGUUACAUUGCACCGGAGUACUGUCAGACAUUAUCGUGCACCGAUAAGUGUGACAUAUAUAGUUUUGGAGUGAUUCUGGCAGUCCUGGUUACUGGGAAAUUCCCAAACGAUGCAUUCUUUCAGAUGACUGAUGAAAUGUGCAUCAUUGGAUGGGUGAGGAGGGUGAUACGAUCGGACGAUCCAAAGGUGGCAAUUGAUCCGAAGUUGGUGGGGUGUGGGUUUGAGGAGCAAAUGUUGCUGGUGUUGAAGAUUGCUUGUUUUUGUACAUACGAUGAUCCUAGUGAGAGGCCUAAUAGUAGAGAUGUUCGAGGUAUGCUGUCUCAGAUAAAGCAUUAGAUGAACAAGGUUUCACUGCUCCAUAGAAUAGAGAAUCAGUCUUAAAUUCUAAAA